AUGCUGGGACGUUCGAUUCUGCGCGUGUCCAACCGGACCACCGCACGCCAGUCCCUCGGGAAGACCACGCGUGCCGCUUCCACCGCCGCCGGCGAGGCCGCCUCCCCCUUCUCCCUCACACUCACUGCUUCCCUCGCAACUGCCGCGGCUGCCGGUUCCGCCGCAUGGUACUUCCAUCUCUAUGGCCAGGAGGCCUUCGCCUCGACACCCGCUGAGGAGGGUCUCCACGCCACUCAGUACCCUUGGGUGCAUGAGCGCUUCAACAAGACUUUCGAUCACGCCGCUCUCCGCCGUGGUUUCCAGGUCUACCGUGAAGUUUGCGCCUCCUGCCACUCCCUCACCCGUGUCCCCUGGCGCUCUAUGGUCGGUACCAUGCACACCGUCGACGAGAUGAAGGCCAUGGCCGAAGACAACGAGUACGACACCGAGCCCAACGACCAGGGCGAGAUCGAAAAGCGCCCCGGAAAGCUGUCUGACUACAUCCCCGCCCCCUACCCCAACGAGGAGGCCGCCCGUGCCGCCAACGGUGGUGCUCUUCCUCCCGACCUUAGCUUGAUCACCAAGGGCCGUCACGGUGGCUGCAACUACAUCUUCAGCUUGCUCACUGGUUACCCCGAUGAGGCUCCCGCUGGUGCCUCCGUCGCCGAGGGCAUGAACUUCAACCCCUACUUCCCCGGUACCGGUAUUGCUAUGGCCCGUGUCCUCUUCGACGGUGUCGUCGAGUACGAGGAUGGCACCCCCGCCACCACCUCCCAGAUGGCCAAGGACGUUGUCGAGUUCCUCAACUGGGCCGCCGAGCCCGAGAUGGACGACCGCAAGAAGAUGGGUGUCAAGGCCGUCGCCCUCCUGACUGGUCUGUUCGCCAUCAGCGUCUGGGUCAAGCGCUACAAGUGGGCCCCUCUCAAGACCAGAAAGAUCGUGUACAGCCCUCCCAUCGGCCCCCGCCGCUAA